AUUUACUAUUACUUAUAGCAAAUCAAGUGUUGCAAAAAGGUAAUAGAAGAUACUCCAAUGAAAGAAGUAUUCAUCCAUAGCAUUGUUUUAUACUUGUAUUAAACAUGAUUACAUGAUCCAAAUCCAACCAAUAUUUUCCAUCACAAUAUGAACCAUGAUAUAUCAUUUCUAGAUAUAAGAAAACAAUGCAACCUACCAAAUGUCAAAACCUAAAUGGGUGACUAAGAUUCUAGUCACAAAAAAUCUUCCAACAUGGCACCUAAUGGGGCCCAUAUGAUCUAUUAGAACCAACAAAAACAAAGCAAUAGAUAUAAGGAUAUGGCAUUAGAUAAGAAUAGCAUAUAACGCUUCUCAUUGGCCAAUCUAUUACAUCAAAACACAAUCACAACCGUUGGAUUCAUAAAAAAAAUCCAACCCACCAAAAAUCACACUCAAAUAAACAAAAGCCACAAAUUGUGCAUUGAAAUAAAAACCAAAGUUCAUCCUUUUUUUAUUAACAUUCUUCCUUCUCUUAAGCUGUUUUUCUUUGAUUGAAUUUGUUGUUUGGAGAUAAUAUGGCAGCCGUGACUACACAAGCUUCGAUUGCCGGCUUUCGACCAUGCACGUCGAAAACGAGGUUCUUGAGUGGUGCUCCGGGAAAACUUCACAAGGAAUGUGGUGUUAAGUUGCCUUCAACUUCAUCAACUAGUUCUUUGAAAGUAGAGGCUAAGAAGGGAGAAUGGUUGCCUGGUUUAGCUUCUCCUACUUAUCUUAAUGGCAGCCUUCCAGGAGACAAUGGAUUUGAUCCCUUGGGAUUAGCCGAAGACCCAGAGAACUUGAGGUGGUUCGUUCAAGCCGAGCUGGUGAAUGGGCGGUGGGCGAUGUUGGGAGUAGCCGGAAUGCUGCUACCGGAGGUAUUCACAAAGAUCGGAAUCAUCAAUGUUCCACAAUGGUAUGAUGCAGGGAAAUCAGAGUACUUCGCCUCAUCAUCAACUUUGUUUGUGAUCGAAUUCAUCUUGUUCCAUUAUGUGGAGAUUAGAAGAUGGCAAGACAUUAAAAACCCUGGAUGUGUUAACCAAGACCCUAUUUUCAAACAAUACAGCUUGCCUCCUAAUGAAUGUGGUUACCCUGGUGGUAUCUUUAAUCCUCUCAACUUUGCACCAACUCUUGAAGCUAAGGAGAAGGAGCUUGCUAACGGGAGAUUGGCAAUGUUAGCAUUCUUAGGAUUCAUUGUGCAACACAAUGUGACUGGAUUGGGACCUUUUGACAACCUUCUGCAACACUUAUCAGACCCAUGGCACAACACCAUUAUUCAGACAUUCAGUGGAAACUAAGUACAACCAAAGUAGAAUGAAAUAUUGUGUAAUAGUCCUUUUGUAACAAUUACUCUUUUAAAUAUAUGUAAUAUUCAGCUUCUCAGGAAUUGCUCAAGGGUUUUCAAUGUACAGGGCAACUACAGAUGGUACUUGUAUUGUUCCAAUCUUUAGAUUUCUUAUAUGUUAUCAUCUAUUUUUCCUGCUCUUAGGAGCAGUACAUUA